AAAAAUAUAAUCGGGAACCAAUCGCGCAGGGGGGAAGGCGGUGCUAGAGACGGAACGGUUUUCAAACUGUCUUAGGAGAGGAGUGAGUGUGAUGAGCGGAGAGAUGGUGGCUGUAACGGCAGUGCGGAGGGGAUUGAGGCGUACAGAGCCAAUGAAAAAACUUCCAGAGGUUAGCAUACCUAGAAAAAUGGCUACUCUGAAAUCCAAGAAGACUGAGAAACCGAAUGAGAUCCGGUCUCCUUUGAUUGAGCGGUCCAAUAAAGUUCCGCAGAAAAAGUCUGCAGCAGUGAAAGUCCUGGACCAAAAAUCGAUUAAACCCAUUAAUAAAGAAAACAUCCGACCAGUUGUGAAUAAAGAUGGCAAAACGAUAACGAUCACACACAAAAAAACGAUAACGAUCAGCCAGUCUUUUUUGAAAACAAAAACUCUAAAAGAGAGAGAGCUAAAGGAUGGAAAGCAAAAAGAAGAAUCUGCCAAAGCAGACCAGAAGCCGGCGGUUAAGCCUGUACUUGGAGCUUAUCGUGGCAAAAUUGUGCAGUCCAAGAUCAAUUCUUUCAGACAACCUUCUCGAACCGCAAGCGAUAAAAGUGCAGCCCCAGAGCUUAAAACCAUUAAGCAAAGAGCAGCAACCAAACCAAAUAUCCCUGCGCCUAGGAAGCCAAUUGUAAGGCCAUCUUCUGUCAAUGACAUGAAACCGAAGCCAAAAGUUCUGCCAGUGACAUCACAAGUCAAGACAUCCACCACCACCACUAUAAAGACCAAAGUCCAACCUGGGACCACGAGAAGAGCUACCCAUGUCAUCCCAACAGCCACUUUGCAGACCAAGGCAUCAAGUACUGCUGUUACCAAGAGCAAAGUUUCACAUGUCACCAUUAGAAGAACCACCCACAUACCUAACCACAAUAAGUCACUGGGAGCAAAUGUGCCGCAGGAGCCUGAAGUCCAGAAAAAGGGUUCAGACUUGGCUGGUAUGCAGAGCAAGAAAAGAGUAACAAUUGGCCCUGUAAGCAUCAUUCCCAGCCACCAGCGACCUUCCAUUGCUGGCAAAUACCCAAGAGUGAAUGAAACUACAGAAGAGCGCAAGGCUCGUCUAGCACAGUGGAGAGCAUCGAAAGGAAAGGUAAUGAAAAGGCCCCCAUCUAUGGCUCCGCUUUCUACAUUUACGGUACAAAAGGAUGAGCCAGUCAUUAAAAGUGAACCUGAAGAACCAAAAGAAGAAGAACCUCGCCAGCUGUUCUGGGCAACCAUGGCAGAAGAGGAUGAACAGGAAUGGUUCACUCUGAAAGUCAACCAGAUCUUUUCUGAAUGCCAGAAGUUAAUUGAUGAGGGUAUUCCAAAGGAAGAAAUUCUAUCCAUACUGGAAAAGCAGAUUGAGAAUACUCCAGAAGCAAAGAAGCUUUCCAGAUAUUGGGAAUGUCUGGCACGUCUUGAACAGAGGGAAGGCCAGCCGUAUAAUGUAAUUGAAGUGUGUGAGAAUGCAGUGGCAGCUGGGGCACAGCCUCUGGAAGAGCUGAGAGCUAUUCUUGCAAACACGUUGGAACAGUUGAAGACUGAGCCUGGAGAGGCCCAAAAGAAAGAAAGUGAGGAAGAGGCUCAAGAGGUAAAGGCUGAAGUAAAGCCUGAACCUGAGGAUUCUGCUAUGACGGAAAAAAGCAAAAAGGGAAGGAGAAGAGCAAUGAAAUUUGAACCAAAGAGCCCAUCCACUCCCGAGAAACCAUCCACCUCUCGGGGAACUCCAGAAAAAGGAGAGGAUACAUCAUCUGUGAUUAGGUUUAACGUUACCACAACCCCUUAUUUGGAAAAAAUGAGAAAACUACAGAUGAGGGAAGGAGGAUCCAGCGUCAAGGGUUACAUGUUUUUAACCCCUGUCAGACGGUCCAGCCGCUUGGAAAGAAAAUCUCAUAUAUUUCCAGACAUGUUGAAAGAUCACGAUCCUUGUAUUGCUGGUAUUGCCCAACUGGAAAACCUGGAAGAUCCCCAAAGCUGUCCUAAUGCAUAUAUCUUCCGGAAGAACGAGGCACUUAAGGAGAUCAAUGCAAAAAGUUUAACAAAGGAAUAAGCCGUCAACAGACCAUGGACUGAAUGGCUAAAAUGCACCUUUUUAUUUUAAUCUGUAUACUGGGUUAUACAGUUUACGGACUAUGGCCACAGCACACUAACUAAUGUCCUUGUCUGGUGUUCUCUUUCUCCAUAUAUAAAUGUGGCUUGCUUUUGUAGAUGCCCCCUCAUGCCUUUAUAACGUCUGCUCGUUCUUAAUGAAUUGAUUGGCUGGUUACUGAUUGAGUGAACAUAAUAUCUGCCUUUGCAGUGUAUAGCAGGGUACAAUUUAACCCUUUUGUUGGCAGUGUUUUUUCUAUGGCUUUUUUUUUUCUUUUGUUUUUAAAAGAGUAAACUCUAGGUGUCUCUGGUGUUUUAAAAUCCUAUUUAAAGCGGAGGUUGGGUGCUGCCGCUGCCAUUGCGGUUAAAGAAACCCAGCAGUGUAGCAUUAUUGCUUUACGCUGGGAACCCUACUGCGCAUGCCCCGCUCCUCUCUCCUACUGGCCAGGCAACUGGAUGGAGGGAGCCCUGUGAGGACUAUAUGGGCCGUGGUGCAGACUCCUAGAAGAUGGGUAUCCUGUCUCUCCUCCCCCCCCCCCC